CAACGGCAGCCCAUGUAGCCCAUGUUCAUGCUCUCCUUUCUUCAUGUUUCUAAUUCUCAAGCAUCUUCCUUCCUUUGCAAGUAUUUUAUUUUAUUUAUUUCAUUUUUUUGGGCUUUUAAGUCUCACUGGUGAGUGAAAUUUGUUACCUUUGAAUCAGUCAUAUUCCCAUUACCAUCUUUUGUGUUCUUCCUUUUUGCCACCAAAGUCUUGUACUUUCUUGGUUCAGAUCUGCUUGCUAGCUAGGCGUGUUGGUUGGAGAUUGUUUGAUUCAAGAAGGGCCUGCACGUUUGUUAUCUGAAUCUUUGUGUUUGUUCUAGCUCCCUUGAUGCUAAACAAGGAAAUGCAAAUGGCCAGAGAUGGGUUUGAUGAAGGUAACUUGAUGUUUCUGCAGAAUUUUCUUAUGAAGCUAAAAAUUCAUGGAGAUGGGAGUAGUUGGUUGAUUUAAGAGCUGGGUGUUUAUGCUUGUUGUGUUAGAUUGUGUGUUCUUGAACAUUGGGUGAUUUGUUGUUUUUCCAUUAGAUUUUUCCUUCUAUAUUUGAAAACAAAUACAAAAGAAUUCUUGAGGUAGAACGGUAAUGGAGAAGCUCCUACUGUCUCUGGUGAUAAUCUCUGUGUUUGUUGCAACUGGGGAGGCUCAAUCAAAAUCUUUUCUGAUAAAUUGUGGCACGAAUUCCAGUAUUAAUGUGGAUGGUCGGAGAUGGGUUGGUGACUUGGUCGCCGACAACAAUCUUACCGUUAGUUCUUCCGGCAUUGCCGCAUCCACCGACAGUUCAAUUUUUGGACCUCUGUACAAAACUGCUCGGUUUUUCACAGAUGGUUUGAAUUACACAUUUGAAGGAAUUCAGGGGAACUAUUUUGUUAGGCUCCAUUUCUGCCCCUUCUCCUUUGAGAAUUACAAUGUAAAUGAGUCUUCGUUUGAUGUUGUAGCAAAUGGUCUGAAAUUGGUAACAGAAUUCAAUGUUCCUGGAGAGAUAUCGCACAAGAAUUUGCGGUUGCAGAGUUCAGGAAGCAAUUCAAGUUCAUUCUUUUUGAUUAAGGAGUACAUUCUACCCAUCAACAUGGAUGUGCUUGUAAUCGAGUUCUUUCCAAAAAAAGGAUCAUUAGGGUUCAUAAAUGCCGUUGAGAUUGUCCCUGUUGUGAACAAGCUUUUUACUGAUCCAGUAAGUAAAGUGAGUGGAAAUGGUGCUAGUUUGAAUUUGAGUGGAAGGGGAAUUGAAACUAUGUAUAGAUUGAAUGUCGGCGGACCGGAGAUUAAAUCCCGUGAAGAUUUAGAUCUUUGGAGAACAUGGGAAGUGGAUUCGAGCUACAUGAUAACUGCAGAUGCUGGUUUAGAGAUCAGGAACAGCUCGAACAUUACCUAUGCUUCCAUGAAUGAUUCCUCAGUGGCUCCUCUUCUUGUUUAUGAAUCCGCAAGAACAAUGUCCAACACUGAAGUAUUGGAGAAAAGGUUCAACAUGUCGUGGAAAUUCGAAGUCGAUCCCGAUUUCGAUUAUUGGAUUCGAUUACAUUUCUGUGAGGUGGUUUAUGGUAUGGCAAACCAGCGGAUUUUCAGAAUCUACAUAAACAACAGGACUGCAUCAAAUAAUUUUGAUGUUUUUGUGCAAGCGGGAGGGAUGAAUAGAGCUUAUCAUCAAGACUACAUUGAUGUUGUGUCAUCCAAAACUAAGACACUUUGGAUUCAACUAGGACCUGAGACAGCAGCUGGUGCUUCAGGAACCGAUGCUCUCCUGAAUGGGCUGGAGAUUUUCAAGCUGAGCCGAAAUGCGAAUCUUGCAUAUAUUGAGACAUAUGAUUCUACUGGGAAUUCAGCAGGCAACUCAAAGACUAAAAUUCUUUGGGUGGGAAUAGGAGCAGGUGGAGCUUCUGUUGUCAUUCUUGCAGUUUUGAUUAGCUUCAUCUUUUGUUACUGCAGAGGCCAGAGAAAGAAAUUGACUGAUACCAAAAGCAACAACCCUUCUGGGUGGCGGCCAUUUUUCCUUCAUGGGUCUAUUACAAACAGCACUGCCAAUGCCAAGGGAGCAGCUGGAAGCCAAAAUCCGUAUGCGUCUAUGGCGUCGACGAGGGUUGGCAAGUGGUUCACAUUAGCAGAGAUUCGUGCAGCUACAAAUAAUUUUGAUGAAAGUUUAGUGAUUGGUGUAGGAGGCUUUGGUAAGGUUUACAAAGGAGCCAUUGAAGAUGGCACCCCUGCAGCAAUUAAGCGAGCCAACCCGCAAUCCGAGCAAGGUCUAACCGAAUUCGAAACCGAGAUUGAGAUGCUAUCAAAGCUUAGGCACAGGCAUUUGGUUUCCAUGAUCGGAUUCUGUGAUGAACAAAAUGAGAUGAUCUUGGUUUAUGAGUACAUGGCAAAUGGGACUCUUAGAAGUCAUCUCUUUGGGAGUGAUCUCCCACCGCUGACAUGGAAGCAGCGAUUAGUAGCAUGCAUUGGUGCUGCAAGAGGGCUGCAUUACCUUCAUACCGGAGCGGAGCGGGGAAUAAUCCACAGGGAUGUGAAGACUACCAACAUAUUGUUAGAUGAAAACUUUGUAGCAAAAAUGUCCGAUUUCGGGUUGUCGAAAAACGGUCCUGCUUUGGACCACACCCAUGUCAGUACUGCAGUAAAAGGAAGCUUUGGAUAUCUUGAUCCUGAGUACUUCAGACGACAGCAGUUGACUGAGAAAUCAGAUGUUUACUCUUUUGGAGUCGUGCUGUUUGAAGUUAUCUGUGCUCGACCUGUUAUAAAUCCAAGCUUGCCUAAAGAUGAGGUCAAUCUUGCAGAGUGGGCAAUGGGGUGGCAAAGGCAGAGAUCACUGGAAACCAUUAUUGACCCACAUCUCAAAGGAAACUAUUCUGCAGAUUCCCUGAAGAAGUUUGGGGAGAUAGCAGAAAAAUGUCUAGCCGACGAGGGGAAGAACCGGCCGACGAUGGGGGAAGUUUUGUGGCACUUGGAGUAUGUCCUGCAACUCCAUCAAGCUUGGAUGUGCAGUAACAAUGGAGAAAAUUCCAGCUCAUUUUCACAGGCUUUGGAGGGAUUAGAAGAGGGAGAAGCAGAAAGAAAGAAUGUGCAAGCUAGAGGAAUUCUUGAAUCAGAUAUCAUCAGUGGAAGUCAAUGAGCUCUCACAGCAUACAUUGCUAGUGAGGUACUGCAUAUUGUGUUCAAUUGUAUUGCUUUAUAAAUUCUUUCAUAUUUGUUCCAUUAAAUUCUAUGUAAUCUUGAAUUUUUCUUGUUGUAUUAUUCAUAUUUUUGCCUAUUUUAGUAAGUCGUCAGGAGAUAUUUAUAGCGCUUCAAACAU